AUGUUAAGAUUUUAAAUCAAUUUGCGAAUGAUCAUAUCCCUAUUAAGUUACACAAAAACUGAGGCCUCAAAAUGUAAAUUAUAUGGCUCAAUUUGUAUCACGAUUUCAAAUGCCUCAACUGAUUAUAUUAAAAUAACAGGGUUGCUGAAACUAUAGCAUAUGACAUUUGCUACUCUUAUAACACAGGAUGCAGUAUAACUAGAACAAGGAGUGCUUGUUUUUAAAAUAAGCUUAAUGUUACGGAUACGUAAUUUCCCUCUAGUUGUUAUAAAUCAGUAGCUGGUUUAUGAAUACCAAGUACAAAUGCUGAUACUACUUUGUUGCUGCUUCAUCUGCUAAAACAUGUGA